AUGCCACCGCGGAAAAGGGUGAAGGCCGCCGCGGCCUCGACGCCAUCGUCAGACGCGCAACAGAAACCGCCGCAAGAGAAUGAUGAAGUGAUUGAGCCGCUGGGACAACCAUCACCGGACGAUGAUGACCGGCUCAAUGACCCAUGGACGGACGAUCAAGAGACCCAAUUGUUCAAGAGCAUGAUCCGGUGGAAGCCUACCGGCCUGCAUAAACACUUCCGCAUGAUUUGCAUACACAACAACAUGCGCUCCCUCGGCUUCGCAACUGAAGAUGCGCAACAUACCCGCAUUCCGGGCGUCUGGCGAAAGCUAAGUCAACUCUAUGACCUACAUGCUCUGGAUGAACGAGAAGUUGCGUACGCUUUCCAAGAUUCGCCGGAUCCUCUGGAUCCUGAUGAGGCCUACAAUAUCCCAGAUUUCGAGCUCCCCGAAGAUGAGUUUGGUGAGCUCAUGUGGCACAGAAGGUUCCACGGGCCUGGUUCUGCGGUCUCAUCCUCUCCACCCUUCAUACCCAUUGAAGAAGACAAGGCGCUCUAUCAUCCUGGUAUCGGCUUACUUCGAGACCUUCCCGAAGGCGCAAAGUCACAGAGAGCUGAGAGCAACUCGGCCACGAUUGCAACACCAAAGAGCACGCGGAAUAAAAAGACAACGAAAGCCGCAGCAGCAAAAACUGGCAAAGUCACCCGGUCUGGCCGCAAAGCCCAGCCCGCACAAUCAGAAUCUGCAGAGGAAGAGGAAGAGGAGGGAGAGGAAGAGGAGGAGGAGGAAAUUGCCGAAUCUGAAGCGGAAACCGCGCCGAGCACCAGAAGGACAAAUAGGAGUGGCGCCAGGGCUAAGCCCGUUCCAAAGCGCACCAGGAAACGAUGA